GACCGAGAGCGGUUUGUGUGGUUUGUCGACGGUGGUUCCCCUAGGGGUUAUAGAUAAAAAUUCUCAAGUAACUGUCGGCGAGGAUGAAUAUUGUAUUGAUCUUAUAUGUACACUAUUUGAUAAACUUUUAGAACAACCCAAGAUAGAAGAAAAUAUUGUUUGCCUAAGAGUUGGCUGUCAGUUUAUUGGAAAUUUGAUUGUAGAUAAUAGUGCCAAUAAAUUGAAGAUACAUAAUAAGUGUUUUACGCACAUAAGGAAAUUAAUGCUAUUGGGCGAUGAAAAACUAUCACAAUUUUGUGCAAUGAUUCUCUACAAUAUAAUCCUCUCUCAAGGUGAAGCUUGUCAGGAUAUCUUGAAGAAGACCGAUUUAGUGAGAGCUAUUUUGAAUCAAAACUCUGAAUUUUCGACAUUUAUAACCGAAACCCUCCUGUUCAAACAUGGCGAAAUCGAGGCUCUCUACUCAAACUGCGACCUUGAAGCGAGAAUAAUGCUACUAACGAUGAUCAGAGACCAGGCAAUGGAUGACAAAACUGUGCCUGACACUUGUAUCACCUUUAUAGCGGACAGAUUUAAGAAACAAUCCGACAAAAUACUGAAAAUAGUGUCGACUUAUGUGGAGUCACUGGACCCGCAAGAGAUAUGCGCUCUGCUUUUCACGUUGGCUUCGUUGUCUGGCAGCGAUACGGGACCUUAUCUAAAAACACUGCAGACUGAUAAUUCGCUGUUCAUCAAUUGUGCUUUUCUGUUGAGGAGCAUCCAUGAGGCUGGAAAAUCGGGAAAUAACUGUUUUACCAGUGUGAGAAAAUUGCCAGAUGAAAAUUCUAAAUCAAAGGAAAAUCCUGUGUAUGGCUUCAAAGCUGACCUCAUCAGGUUAAUAGGCAAUCUGUGCUACGGCCACGACAAAAAUAAGAAUCAGGUUCGGGAGUUGGAUAGCAUACCAAUUCUGCUUGAUUGCUGCAAUAUUGAUGACUCCAAUCCUUUUAUUCUGCAGUGGAGCAUACUGGCAUUGAAGAAUAUCAGCGAGAGAUGUCAUGAGAAUCAAGCAAUUAUUGCAGGUCUAGCGAAGAAAGACGUUGCAUUUUCUCCGAUCCUCGAGGAGUUGGGCUACACGUUGCAUUCUGAAGAUGGCAAAGGCAUUCGAAUAGCUCCGUUGAAGCGAUAGAGGACUGAAAAAACUGGUUUUGUUCAAUUUUUACUUGAGUGUAAAAUGAAGAGAUUACUAUUAUUUAA